AUGUUGGGAAAUCAGGAAUUGACAGCGAAGUCUUCAUACAAGAGACUAAAAGCGCAUCGCGAGGAUGGAGACUCAGAUUCCCGAUCCGAAAAAGCUAAAACCAAGACAAAGAAAACUGGCAGUGCCAUUGGUGUUUGGGUAUGCGGUGGAAUGCUAGCCUAUAUGCAAUUUUUCCAGGUGCCUCUUUCUUUGGCAGUGCUUUCGGUUUUUGAUUGCGUUAAAUGUGAUCCAACGGGAAACCACUACAUGGAAGCGGAGCCCUACGUUAGGUGUUACACGUUUGCCGGAACGUGGAGGAGACUAUGCAUACCCGCUGCUUUUUUUCUGCUGACCUACGUGGCAGGGAUUCCGCUCGUGAUGUACGGAGUCGCGAAGAUCAGCUCAUCACCAAAUUUCGCUGUCUCGGCGCGCCGAAAGUACGUCACCUUUGUCGUUGGGUUCCACCGCUCCGGCCCCACCAUGAUCAUGAGCAUCCUCCACCCCUCCAUUGCGCUCCUUGCUGUCUGCCUCCUCACGGUGGCAAGGGACAGCGUUCUUGAAUACGAGGUCUUGCGAUCCGUGGGGGCGCUGAUAACGAUGAUGUGGUACCACUCUACCAUCCUCACCUUCAAGCCACACAAGGCCUACCGACAAGUGAACCUGGUGGCGAGCAUGCUCACGGCGUCGCACGCACUGCUGGUGCUCUCAGGCGUGGUCACCGCAUCGCCUCUGUCAGGAUCAGGAGUCACGAGCGCCCUUUGUGUCAUGAAUGUGACCCAGAUCACAGUCCUCUACGUGGCUGGAUCGGCUUGCAUGUCGUGGUUUCUUUCCCCGCUAUGCAGAGAUGUAGAGCUGUGGAUCAAGUCAAUGGUGGCGGAGCAAUUUCAGAUGAAGGAAAUAAUGGCCAAGAGGAAGAGGGCCAAGGACAAGUCCAAGGGGAUAUGGAAGAGCGCUUUCAAAACCAUUCAGGGCAUGCAUUCUGUUGUCAGCGUGUGGAGAACGGUCGACAACAACAUGAGCGCGAAAGACAAAUGGAAAAAGGGAGAAAAGGCCGCGAAAAUGCUGCAAGUUCUCGAAAGGAGGCGAGCAGAGUCCGCCUCACAGGAGGGCGCAAGGGGGCCAGGCACUGACCAUGACGACAGGGAUGAAAGAGCAAGAGCUGUCAUAAGCGCACAGAUCAGUCUUGAGGCUAUGGCUCUGUCCCUGCUCCCAGCAGGACAAGAAGCCGCGUUAGACCUCAUGAAGGAUGAUAGUCACCCCCACCAACCUGAACAGUUCAUGAGGUGGUUUCGCCAAAUCCUGGCUUACUACAAAUGCACCACGGAGUUGAAGCAGGACAGCGAAAUGAGCGAGUCACGGGGAACAGAGCCGUUUGAAGAUUCUCUGCAUGUGAACGUGAGGAACGAUGUAUUGGAGCAAAUGAGUCGCCGGAGGGGGCUUACGGACAACCGAAUAUACGCCGCCUUGCUGGAGUAUGUAAACGAAGUUGACAGAAUCAAGGAUGUGCAGUUCGAUGGUGUCUGGGAGUGGGGUAAAAAGAUACGAUCUCAGCUCGACAUUUUCAAGUCAGUCAUCGACCAGAAGGAAGAAAAGGGCUAUCUCAAAGGUCUUCUGGCUGAAAGUCGAGACGAGGGUGCCUUUGGAAAAUCCCAGGCAGCCGCGGAAUAUCCAGCGUCCCCAAAGGCGGCAGUAAAAGCCGAGAUCGAGCCUGAAGGGGAAUAUCUGGCUUCGGGGGCAGCAUCGCCUCCGAAAUCCCCCGAAAACUUUGGACCACUUGAACUUCCUUGA